GCGGCUCGCCGUAGCGCUUGCAGAUGAUGGAAAUCAUCCGCUGCCCUCAAGGUGCUCAUCCCUUUUCAACAUAAACACUCCGUCUCUGGCAGUGAGAGCAUCUUCAGGAACCACUUUGUCAAACAAACGUCUUGCGCCCUCUAACACAUCCCGUCUUCACAUAUCUUUCCUCGAAAAGCAUCAUGUCUGAAAACGGCGAGGCCAACACCACCACGAGCCCAACAGCGACCAACUCUGCGGAUGACGCCCGUCAGGAGCUCUCAGUUCAGCUUGAGGAUCUUCUAAAUACCCUCUCGAACAAGUUCGCCGGUGUUUCCAGCGAGAUCUUUGCCAAGAUGGACGAGAUGUCAAGACGUCUUGACAACUUAGAGUCUCAAAUAAUGGCCGGGAAGGAGAAGCCAAACGGACCAGCCUGAGUUUUUUUCGUCGUGAAAGUAAACAAACCACGUGCGAAUAGGGGUCGGGUUCAGGGAACGUUAUGUGUGGGCCGAGACAUGCUAGGGCGAUGGAGUUUUCGGAGUUAUACAGAGCAAGCGUCUAAUGUUUACGCGAGUGCGGUAGUUCACGUACAAAACCUAUACCAUGAACAUGACGAGCAGCAAGAAAUGUCUCCUCACUUUAGUGUCAUUGCAGCAACAAGAUACGGGAACAAGC